UUCUUUUAUUGUCAAUUACAGUCCGUUCCAUUUAUUCACUAGUGUGGCACCUUGUCUUCCUUUGUUCUGUUCUUGACUAUGCUGGAAGGAAAAGCUGUGGUGCGAGAGGCAGACAUGCCAGAGAUUCUGCAGAACCAUGUGAUGGAGUUAGCAUACCACGCCCUUGAUCUCCAUGAGGUUUCUGAUUGUCAAUCCAUUGCUCAUUACAUAAAACAGAACUUUGAUGAAGCUUAUGGACCAGCAUGGCAUUGUGUGGUGGGAACAGACUUUGGAUCCUGCAUUACACAUCUAUGUGGGAGUUUCAUUUUCUUCCGCGUGGAGAUGAUGGAGUUUCUCGUUUUCAAGGAUGGCAAGGACUUGGCUGAAAGUAAAGAUGAAGCUAUUGGAGUGCUGCAAAAAUCCAAGAAAAAUAAUCCAUAGAACAUAUGGUUCAAGCUACAAACACUUAUAAGCCCUCCAGGUAAUUAUGAACAUUUGCAUAUUAUCCUUUAUCACAUACCAUAUGUAUUCAUGGAUGGAAUAGUUUGUGUUUCAACACGGCAUCAAAACUGUAGAUGAUGCUGGCUGGUUUUGAGAAAUAUAUCUGAGAAAUUGAAAAGAUUUCAUUCUAUAA